AUGACGACCAUACGCUACUUCAUUCCCGAAGACGGGGAUUCGGAGUUACAACCCAAUGUCUUUUUGGCUCCCAAACCGCGUCAACCGGGAUAUCCACCGACACUGGGACAGAUCAAACAAGCCUUGCCGGUGCCGGGACGCUACCACUUUCGCUUCAAGAGUCCGCUCGUUCCGGGAGCCGACCGGGACAAGACCAGUAUGGCCGUGUGGAUGGACUGCGUCGACGACCGACAAGCCGUUCCGGUAUGGCGAUCCACCAUUGUCGCCAAACUCACCCGCAUCGGCGUCGAAGAAGACGACGAUGACGACGACGAGUUACUAGCCGAAGCGACAUCCCGGACUCACGCUACUCCCCGGACGGCAUCGGCACCCACCACGGUCAGUCACGGCACCGCCCAAUCCGGACACGCACCACCACCACCGUCCCACACCACCACUAGCAGCACCACGUCGACUACUACCACCAACACGCAACGACAUCCAUCCACACCCGGAUUCGAUCUCUUUGACGCGGCACCGCCCACGACACCACACGUCAGCAGUGGGGACUUUUUGGAUAUGCACUACGGAGCUCCCGCCACGGCGUCACAAUCCCACCAACCGCACGACUUUUUGGGAAUGCACACGCCCGGUCCUCCCGUUGCGAAUCACGGCACUGCCAACUCGGGGUUCCCACCUCCCGCACACCAGCAAUCGUUCGGGAGUACCUCGCAACCGUCCCAAACAUCGGGACCCUUUUUUUAA